AUGUCGGGCCCUAAGGUCACGGAAGCACUUGCACAAGUCCAGUCUGCAUCUGAUCAAGCCACUGGGUUUGAAGACCUCCUCGCCAACUUGAAAUCACUGUCAGCACCACAAACCGUCGCCGCGGACCUUAAGGCCAUUUUGGAUGCCGUCUUCAACAGCGCCUUGGGCAUAGUGGCGAUCCGACAAAUUAUCACCACCUUCAUCGCUGUUCUCAAAGACUUUGGCAACGCCGAUCUCUGGAUCGAUGUUGGCCAGUACACACUGGCCGUCCUCGCCGCGCAGCAGUCCACCUUUCUCGACCAAGGCACGACGAUCCAAGAGCUCAUUGCCGACGCACACGAGAACAAUGAGGACAAUUUGGAGGCAGCCAAGGUGCUGGCCGAGAUUCCCCUGGACUCAUCGCAGCGCAAGGUGACAAACGAAGAGAAGGUCAAGAUCUGGGUGCGCAUUGUGCGAAACUACCUCGAAGUGGACGAUACGACGACUGCCGAAACCUACCUCAACAAGCUCAAGAAUGUCAUCUACACCGUCAGUGAUCCAGCAUUGAACCUCCACUUCAAGCUGUCACAAGCUCGUAUCCAAGAUGCGAAGAGGGCCUUCUUAGCAUCAAGUCAAGCUUAUCACGACAUCAGCUUCUCGCCUGCUAUCUCCGAGGAGGAACGACUGCACACACUGAGCAUGGCCAUCAAGUGCGCCAUACUGGCACCGGCCGGCCCGCUGCGAAGUCGCGCGUUGGGCAGAUUGUUCAAGGAUGAGCGAGCAGCGGGCCUGGAGGAAUUCAGCAUGCUGGAAAAGAUGUUCUUUGACCGCCUGCUUGCCCCGGCCGAAGUCGAGAAGUUUGCGCAGGGACUGUCGCCGCACCAGCUCGCCACCACCUCGGACGGUUCAACGGUCCUAGCAAAGGCAGUUGUGGAGCACAACCUACUUGGCGCAUCGCGAUUAUACAGCAACAUCGGCUUCGAGGCACUCGGCGCGUUACUUGGUCUGGAUGCCGAGAAGGCAGAGGAUACCACAGCCAAGAUGAUUGAACAGGGGCGAUUGGUGGGCAGAAUCGACCAGAUUGAACAAAUCGUCUGGUUUGAGGGCGGCGAAGCGUCUGGCGAGAAGGGAAGUGGCCGUGCUGAGGUCCUUGUGGGCAAGGAGAUGCGAAGAUGGGAUGUUAACGUCCAAGGAUUGGCCGAGGAGGUCGAGAAUAUCUCAAACGCCCUGCAAAGAGAAUACCCGGCGUUUGUGGCGACCAACUUGGGUGGUAUGAGCAAACUGACGGCUGGGCAUUACGAACUGGAUAGGCGUUGA